CGCUUCCGUCCAGGCCCUGGUAGUAGCUAAAACCUAUGAUUGUCCCACUACACUUUGUACUGUCUUUCAUAUUGAUUCUCUUACAAGCUGGCUGAUACACAGCGUCAGCAUGUUUUAAAACCGAGACUUUAUGCACUCACCCUUGAUCUACUUGGCCAAAAUUAGAACCACGUUGUGCAAACGAAACCCCAUCGCUACCUUAGGCUACCCUGCAGUACCCUGAAUAUCGUGGGCUACGCCACAUCAACAGAUGACGGUUUUCUGAGCCUUUACUCAUCUGGUAUCGAUCUCCUUUGCCAAGAUCACAUAACAACACCGAUCUAUCAGCCUCAGCAGGCAACUAACUAAAAGUGGCCUUCCAAGCUCUCCGAAGGACCGGCCUGGCUUUGAGUCUCGGACUUACAGCCCUGGCAGCAUACCAAGGCGUCCGAGACGCCAUGGCGGACCAACCUCAAGAGCAGAGGCGACGCCUGGAUGCCGGCGGACCCAGAGAGGUAGUAUAUUGCCACAAUUGCGAGAACGACUGGUAUCGCGACGAAAGUGGGCUUGUCUGCCCAAGAUGCGAUAGUGAGAUCACGGAAAUCAUCUCAGCGCAGAACGACCCACGGCGACCAGAGUUACCAACUCCAUUAUCUGCGGACGAGCUUCGAGGCCUUAGAGAGCACGAUCCUUGGGAACACCACAAUGACUCUGACCCAGAAGAGGGCGAUAUUCGCGAGUUUAUCAGAGACAACCCACAGGGAGGUAGAACAACCUUCAUAUCGAGGACAUUCAGAGGUUCUCCCCACGAAGUCUUUGCAUCUGGAAGCUCUCGCCAACCACCCAACCCCGAUGACCCCGCAUCACAAACCCUACGAGACUUUGAAGGAAUAAUAAGUGGUAUACUCGGACCAAACACACGUGUAACUGGCCCACAAGGCGAAUACCCCGGAUCCCCAUUCGGACCUCCUGGGCCGCGCCCUGGUGAAGAGGAUGGUGAACCAGCCGGGCCACCCCCUUCCGCGCCACCCAGCUGGGGAGACUAUCGCCCUGGCCCUCAACCCCGAGUCUGGGGCACACGAAUGACAUUUCAGUUUGGCGGGCAACCUCGCACCUUCAAUGGUGGUGGCGAAGAACAGGGCCAGCAGGGGCCGCAAGAGCAAGACUUAACCACGAUCCUGCGUGAUCUAAUGCUCGUCUUGCAGCCUCCGGGCGCAAACGGUGGCGAUGCCAAUGCGCAGAAUCCGCUAGGCGGCCUUCAUGGUCUCUUCGCCGGCCUUCUCAACCCCGCCAAUGCAGUUUCUGGGGACGCUGUAUAUAGCCAAGAAGCACUUGAUCGAAUCAUCUCGACAUUGAUGGAACAACACCCUACAAGCAACGCACCUGGCCCAGCACCAGCAGAGGCGAUCGCCGCACUGCCGAAGAAGAAGAUCGAUAAGGAGAUGCUGGGACCGGAAGGCAAGGCUGAGUGCAGCGUAUGUAUGGACGACGUGGUUCUCGACGAGGAGGUGGUGUCACUACCAUGUAGUCACUGGUUCCACGAAACCUGUGUCAAAGCCUGGCUGAGCGAGCACAACACCUGCCCCAUCUGCCGAACUGGUGUGGCUAGAGACGGAACUGCCGUACCAGCAGGAACCACCCCCCCAACAAGCCCUCCAAACCCAGGCGGACAGAAUAGCCCAGACCCAUUUGAAGGUGUGGAAGGUCAAUCGCCAUAUGCUCGCCGCUCCACCUUUCUCAGGCGCAGACCGAGCAUCAACGAAACCCGCCUUGCCUCGAUCCGCCAAGCUGCCGGUCGCGAACCUGAACAAAACCGAGGCGUAGAUUAUGCCGGUCUCAGAAUGAACCCCAGCUUGCGACGUGAACGCUCUGCUUCGCCACCAUCACAUGUUCCCGGGGCAUUCUCAAGCUCAAGCAAUCGAAAUACGAGUUUCCGCCGCGAGGAAUCGGAUACGGAUGCGGGGAGCACGGGUAGGAGAGACCAGGAGCGUGAGCUUGAGAGGGAGAGGAGUAGAAUUCACGAGAGGAGCGCGCCGCAACUGGAUAGGAGUGGUGAGAGAGGGAGGCCGGGAUCGGAUCAUAGCAAUAAUAGCUCGAAUAGCAUUGCGGGGACGUUUGGGAGCUGGUUUAGGAGGUUUUCGGGGGGUGGGAGUGGGAGGAGGAAUGAGUGAUUUGGGGAGUGAGGGGGUGUGGAGAGAGACAGAGUUUAUGUGGUGA